CGCGCCUCCACGCACGUGGUUUCAUUAAUCACCGAGUGCUCAGGAGUGUCCGCGCGGCCAGGUGGCGUCCUCUACCUGUUCAAGAGUUAACCGGAGUGCCUUGGAUUUCUAUCGACGCCGUCCGUCUGCUCUUCCUCUCCAACUGAAGCCAGCAUGAAAGCAGUGUACCUCAGCCAAAGACGGCGUGUGCAGGAGCGAACUGUCAAUCACAGCGAUGCUUCAUUAGGUGUGUCUGUCUGUCUGGCUCAGUUAUUAAAAUGAGAACGGACGCCCCCCAGCACUGUUUUAUUCGGCGGUUUCCCCCGAGGACGCCGUUCUCAGAGAUGAACCGCAGCCUCUCCACGAUAAACAAUAAAUGGACGAGAGAUCUUCCUGACCUCCACAUUCAAGGAUGAAAUGGCAGACAAAUCUUCGAAAGAACAGAAGAGAGGAGCGUCAAAAACGGUCCUGAUGUUAAUUAAAUCAGACCAGCCUCGAACAUUAGAGGAUGACACUGUUUUCCACCCCGUAGUUUUCAACCUCGACCUCCCUCACCAUGAGCAUCAUUCAAGACAAGCUCGGGAACGAAUUCCUGCGCUCCAACGGCAGCAUGGACUCCAACUUUGGAGCGGGCAUGAUCAUGUUCAGUCACCUCCCUCCGGUGACCAGCUUCACCCGCCUGGCGGCCCACACGGUCAUGCAGGACCUCCCCCCGCAAGAGAUGGUCCUGAAGAAAGAGCGCGACUCUCCGGACUGCAGCGUUGCCGCCCAGCGGGCCAACCUGGGGGCCGCCGGGGUGGGAGACUACGUCCACGCUCUGGGCAUCAAGCAGGAGAAGCAGUCCGAGCACGAUUACCGGCUGCCGCUCUACCCCGGAGGCCUGGGAAAGAGCGCAGAGCUGCUGGGGGAGGCCAUCAGCAGCAACCAGAACCUGCUGGUUCACGACCUGAACAGGGAGUUUACGGGACGACAUCAGAGAGAUGAAAAGGAGGCCACUGGGAGGAAAGGUCGGAGGUCAAACAGUGAUGGACAGGAGGGCAAACCGAGGAAGAAGCGAAGUGAUGCAAAGUCCAUGAUGCUGGAUAGAGAUGGAGGCAGCCUGUCUCCGGGAAGCAAGCCCCACAUCUGCGAACACUGCGCAGCUGCCUUCAGGAGCUCCUAUCACCUGCGCAGACACGUGCUCAUUCACACAGGUGAAAGACCUUUCAGAUGCAGUCAGUGCAACAUGAGCUUCAUUCAGAAGUAUCUUCUACAGCGGCACGAGAAAAUCCACAGUGGAGAGAAGCCAUUCAGCUGUGACCAGUGCAACAUGCGCUUCAUUCAGAAGUACCACAUGGAGAGGCACAAGAGGACGCACAGCGGAGAGAAGCCGUACAGAUGCGAGAGCUGCCAGCAGUAUUUUUCCAGGACAGAUCGACUUCUUAAGCACAAACGAACCUGUGGGGACGGCGCGAGGAAGGGGCUGGAGCCCGGGAUGCUGGAUCAGGGCUGUAUGGAUGUGGGGCAGGGCAGCUACGGAAUCACUCAGGGAAACGCUGGAAGUUCCGGCAGGAAGAAGGGAAGGUCCAGGAAUUCUGGAGAGGGAGAGGAGCGCAGGAAGAAGAAGGGAGAUGGAGGGAGGGAGCUGCAGAUGCACGGGGGCGUGUCCGGCUCCUACGGCGUCCACCAGUACUCCGGAGAGGAUCAGGCGGUGUCCUCCUCCACGGAGCCGGAGCCGUGCUCAACGCUAAGGAUGGCGUUCAAGAAGGCCAGCCGAAAGGGGCCGGGCAAAGCGACCCCCCAGCAGGCUAAAGCCGGGUCUCUGGGGCAGGAUGGGGUGUUGGGGGACCUCGGCCUCCUGCAGGGGAGUGAACCGAAGGUGGAGUCCACCAGCAGCAACUACGACGACGCCAUGCAGUUUCUGAAGAAGAGGCGCUACCUUCAGGCAGCGAACGCCUCAGGGGGGGCGGGGGCCAGCGAGUACGACGUUCACUUGUCCUCCCAGCCGUCCGUCACUCAGGGGGGGCUCUCCAUCAUUCUGGAGAGCGACGCCCCUUUGUGUCUGGAUAAGUCAGGGAUCCCCGACGAGGUCCUCCAGAGCCUCCUCGACCACUACACCCAGAAACCGGGUGGCGGGCACGCCGACGUUCACUUCGACCUCGGCGACCAGCACGUGGAGCUGGCCCCCGCCUCGGCUGGCAGCCCCGACAUCAGCACGCCGGACAAGUCUGUGAUGAUGAACGAGUACUCGCGCUUCCUGCUGCAGGCGCUGGAGCGCACCAGCCACAGCUUCUCCAUGGGGCCCCCUCCAUCUGGACCCUUCACCACCCCCCACCCCGGAAACCCCCUCUACACGUUGUCCCCGCUGGAGUGCGGGUUCGGCCCGGCCGUGGCCUCGCCUUCGCUGCCCUCCUCCGUGCCAAAGUCUCACUUCGCCAUGCUGGCGGGCUCCUCGCCGCAGCACAGCUUCCACCUCAGCCUGGAGGCCCCCGCCCACCAGCAGCUCACCCCAUCUCAGGAGCUCACCGAGCAGAUGGAGAAGCAUCCGCCCUCCACCCCCCCGUCAUCCUACCAAAUCAGUCCGUCUGAGCUGGGCGGCCAGAAGGACCCGCCGCCGCUCAAAGGCGGCUCUCCGGCCGUCUACACGCUGGUCUCCUCCCAGGAUCUGACCGCUCUGGACUCCUCCAAGCCUUCCUACCAGAUCGAGAACUUUGCUCAGGCCUUCGGCGGCCAGUUCAAGCCCAACGGCCACAGUUUGUCCUUCGGCACUGACUCCAGCGGAGAUCACAGGAUACGGACGCCUGUGUCUGAAUUCUCAGGGUAUAGUAGUUUGUUGUCUGAUGUCAAUGAGCCAGUCAGUACAGGUUCCUCAACGCCAACAAGCCAAAGCUACAGAUGAGAGCUUCACAGGGAGACUAUGCUGUGGUGUUUAGACCUCCUUUGUUAGAUUUUUUUUUUUAGUGUUUUAUUAUUAUGUGGCAUUUCUGUUUUAAUUGUACCGAUGCUGAGUUCUUUCUUAUGCCCACUCCUCCUUCUGCAGGACGCCUCCUGCUGAUGCAAUAGAUAUUUUUUUAAGCCUUUUUACUUCAGAUCUUGGUGACAUUUUCUGAUUCUAAAGUGAAAGUACUUUUGAGCGGUUCAACUUUGCAAAACGUUAGAUAUCACGAGGAAAACUUAAUGUCAGGGAACGGCAAAAAAAAAAAGAAGAAAAAGAAAACGCGGCGGUCUGUUACAGGUUUUACUCAGGAAAAAGCGGGGAUGGAGACGCUCACGAGGAGCACUCCUGUUCUCAAGUUCGUGACUUCAAAGAGUUUUUAAGGCUUUCGUACUUCUUGAAUGAGUGUGACACAAACAGCCAAACCAGCAAGGCCAAGUGAACCCCAUGUGGUUUAAAAGUGGGCAGAAAACGUGGACCCUGAGUGGGUUAGUCCACAGCUUCUGUGGUGGCCGCUCAUGUGUUGGCCUACAUUGGCUUAAGUGGGCUCUCAGUGGGCUGGCGCCCGAUGGACAGCAGAGCUCGCUACAUCGGAGCUUGCUAGCGCGAUACAACAACCCUCGUUAGCUCACUGCAGCAAAGCUCGCUAGCUACAUUCAGCGGACCUCGAUAGGUCAAUUCAGAAGAGCUUGCUAGCUCCACCCAGCCGAGCUCGUAAGCUCCAUACAGGUGAGCUUGCUAGCUCCAUACGCCGCAGCUCGCUAACUCCAUACAGUGGAGCUAGCUAGCUCCAUAAAGCCGAGGACACUAGCUCCAUACAGCGCAGCUUGCGAGCUCCAUACGCUGCAGUUCGCUAACUCCAUACAGUGGAGCUAGCUAGCUCCAUCCAGCCGAGGUCGCAAGCUCCAUCCAGCCGACCUUUCUAGCUCUAUUAAGCCAAGCUCGCUAGCUCCACACAGCCGAGCUCGCUAGCUCCACACAGCUGAGCUCGCUAGCUUCAUCUAGCCGAGCUCGCUAGUUCCACACAGCCGAGCUCGCUAGCUCCACACAGCCGAGCUCGCUAGCUCCACACAGCCGAGCUCGCUAGCU